CUAUGCAGAAAAGUGGUUGUGACACAUUCAAAGUUUUUGUUAUUCUUCUCUCCAGAUGGAUGACACAGAGCAGUAUAAUUGCAACCCUGACAACGGAACCCCCCUUGUCUAUGUGGCCCUGGAUGAAACUCAGCUGGAGAUCAUUGGCCAGCGAGUAGACAAGUCUGUGCCUUUUCUGGAGAGCGUCAAGGCACGAUGUCGAUGUUCAGGUUCCAGGUUGAAGAGCAUUCUGCUGAGCUGUUUUCCUGUGCUGCUAUGGCUGCCUCACUACUCCAUCAAAGAAAACGCCAUCAGAGACCUGGCGUCUGGGCUGAGUGUGGGCAUCAUGCAUCUGCCACAGGGUAUGGCCAACGCCAUGUUGGCAGGCAUUCCUCCUGUGUAUGGUCUCUACACGUCACUCUACCCACUCAUCAUCUACGCCAUAUUUGGCACUUCCAAACAUCUCUCUUUGGGAACCUUUGCCGUCCUGGCCAUCAUGAUUGGAUCCGUCCCAGCCAUGGCGGAGUUGCCUAGCAACGGUGCUGAGACGGCUAAAGUCAACAUUGUCGUCCAGCUUACCUUACUCUGCGGCCUCAUACAGCUGCUACUCUAUGUUCUGCGUUGCGGUGCUGUGUGUCGCUGGUUGUCAGACCCUGUCAUCGGGGGCUACACUACAGCUGCCGCCCUGCACGUCAUCGUACUACAGUUGCCCCUCAUGAUCGGAAUACCUACACAGCGACACAUUGGAAUAUUGGCUUCUGCUUGGACUUUAAAAGAUGUUCUCUAUGGAGUGACCGGCGUAACACCAGCAACUCUUUUACUGUCUUUGGUCUCAAUGGCGAUACUCACUGUGGGCAAGAUGCUGAAUAAGCACUUUAAAAACACGCUACCUGUAGCCAUCCCCUGGGAGGCUGUACUGAUUGUCUUGGCCACCGUCGUGUCCGUGCAGGUGGACCUGGCUGGACAACAUAAAGUCCAGGUGGUUGGAGACAUUCCCAGUGGCCUUUCUGCUCCCAUCAUCCCCUCGCUGUCCCAAGCCAGUGAGCUCUUCAUCCCUGCUCUGUCGAUCGCUCUGGUGGGUUUCAGCUUCCACACAGCCAUGGGCUCGGUCUUUGCCCGCAAACACGGCUACCACUUUGACUCCAGUCAGGACCUGCUGGCUCUGGGUUUAUGUAACUCCAUAGGAGCCAUGUUCCAGUGUUUUGCUGUCAGCUGCUCUUUCUCACGCAGUAUGGUGCAGGAAAGCAUUGGUGUCAAAUCACAGAUAUCAGGUCUGAUAUCAGCCCUGACCAUUUUAACCAUCUUGUUAAAGAUCGGUCAUCUAUUUGAGCAGCUGCCAAAGGCCGUGUUAGCAGUCAUCAUCGUGGUCAAUCUGCAGGGGCUGCUGGCUCAGUUUAAGGAUGUGUUUACACUCUGGAAGAUUGACAGAUUGGACCUGCUGGUGUGGGUGGCAUCCCUGGUUUUAACUCUGGUUCUAAACCUGGACUUGGGUCUGGGAGUCGCCAUCGCCUUCUCUCUGGUCACGCUCAUCUACAGGACACAACACUCCUCCACUGCAGUGUUGGGUCAAAUUCCUGGUACAGACUGUUACAGAGAUGUGGAACUCUAUGCUGAGGCAAAACUAGUUCCGGGUGUUACUAUAAUCUCCUGUCCCAACCCAGUUUAUUUUGCUAACUCUGAAUUGGUCUUCACUGAGAUUAGACAGAUAGUGAGUCAUGCUCAGAAGGAAAGAUCAGAAGUGGUCCAAGCAUCCUUGUCAUCUUCCUCUGCCCAGUUGAUGACUCGCAAUCACUACUUGAUUCUGGACCUCAGUUCCGUCCACUUCAUGGACUCUGUAGCCCUGACAAGUAUUUGUAAGGUUGCACACGACUUAGAAGCCCAGGGUAUCAGUGUGUGUCUGGCCUCCUGCCCAGGACUUUGCCUCUGAUGCAAGUUUAAGCUGAAAGCACAACGCCGACUGCUUCCUCGGAACAUCAAUAUUAGGGAUGUAGCCUAGAAUCUAGCCUAUUCUACUACCUAACCUAGCAUAGCCUAUUUUAAACAUGUCAGAUUUAUAUACGAUUACAGUGUUGUACUACAUAAUGUCAAAGUGCCAUAACUUGGUAUUUUUUUAAAUCACCCCUGGUUUAAUCCUGUGCCACUCCUAAAUCUCGUAAACAUCCAAGCACGAGAUUUCCAUGAAAUCGUGUGACUUUUUGUGACUUUGUGCUUCACUAGGAUUCCUAGUACUAUUUGAAAAGCCCUUGAACUCAGCAUUGUAGGGUCCCUUUAAACUGCAGUACUCCCAGGAAGCAUUUAGAGCUUACAAUUGUUCUUGUUUACAUGUGGAAUGUGUGUCAAGAACCUUUGACUUUGUAGUAAAAAUGUAAAAAUGUAAUUCAGAAAAAUAUAACAAUACAUGAAAGAGUACAAUAACACGUCUCAGUUUCGUCUUUAUGUGAACAAUUUUUAUUACAUCAUUGUAUCUGAUGGCGGAGAUUAGAUGUUACAGUAAUUAUGUGCCGCCAUAAACUGUGAUGGCAGAUAACAGUCUUAAAGGGGAACUUCACUUUUAUUGGAAUUUUGCACAUUCUUUGCCUUUUCUGUGCAUUCAAGCAUGAGAAAAUGAGUUAAUAUGAGUUAGCUAAUAAUGAACAUCAUGG